AUGUCUCGCUCCUUCCUCAUCAGAGACUUGUUGUGGGGUCACGACCGUCGAGGAGCGGCGUCGACCGACAACAGUAGUGUGGUGGGUCUUGACCUCACCACCCGCUCCCAGGUAAACCUCGACGCCCAGGUAAACACCCAGGUGAAGCCAGACACUCAGGUAACCUCAGUUCCUCCUAUCCAUCCUAUCGCCGCCGCUAAGCCAGGUGUUAAGGCCAGGUCGGAGGCUCACACGGCCACAGACACGUAUUGUCAGGUCAACCCGAGGACGUGUGAGGCUCGGGGGGGCUCAUCAGAGGCGUGCAGGUGUGAGGCGUGUGUCCAGGCCGCGGGUAAUGGUGAUGACUACGACGCCACACCAGUGCCACAACACACCUGCCUCCACCACCUUAAGAGCCCUUCAGCUGGCCGAGCGACUGAUGACGGCCUUCAAGAACACCCGCGGGAGUCCUCAAGACCCUGUACCUCCAGCCCACGAGUCGAUGAUGACUCCUGUACACACAAGUGCGGCGAGUGUGUCACCUGGAGGGCCGCUGACCCCUCCACUCCCCCAGCACCUUCUCCACCACCAUCACCCUCACCGCCUCCUCCUUCGCCUCCGUCACUACGCAUCCACCGGCAGACCCCAUCGCCGUCCACCAUGGGGUCAACACGUCCUUCUCUAUUACCCGGAUUUCCUCGUCCUUCUUAUGGCGCAGCUAGGGAACUCCUAAGACCCGACAAGAGCCUCGGGUUCGGUGAUAUGAGGAGGUUCCUUCCACUACACGGCGGCGGCGGGCGGCACGUGUACGGCGGCGUGCCUCUCGUGCCGCCCCACCACCACCACUACUUAUGGGCGGCACAGUACUCCUCCCUCCUCUCUUCCCUCCCCUUGCAAGAUUACGAGGUUACAAGCCCCAGCACGCCAGCACGUAGUAACAGCCCCCCAGUCCCUGUUCCCGUGCCAGUGUACGUAAGGACCCGACCCUCUGCCGUGCCUGACACCUCUACCAAGAAGUGCCGCCGAUCACGUACUGUUUUCACUGAGCUUCAGUUGGUUGGUUUGGAGCGACGGUUCGAAGCCCAAAAGUACCUGAGCACACCGGAUCGAGUCGACCUGGCUCGAUCUCUGGGCCUGACGCAGCUACAGGUGAAGACGUGGUAUCAGAACCGCCGGAUGAAGUGGAAGAAACAGAUAUUUCCAGGCAUAAGUUUCAUUACACUCCUGUUCGAAGCUGUUGCAAACCCUGAAAUGCGACACUGCACUGGAUAG